CGGGGGCGCAGGGCGGCAGUCCGCGCCGCGUCGCGCCCCGGCCCGCAGCCUCCUUACGUAACGAUGGCCGCGCGCGUGAGCUGAUGGGCGCGCUCGUGUGGUGGCUGGCGGCCUGCUGCCUGCUACGCGCCGCCACCGCCGGCAACCCCGACGCCAAGCGGCUCUACGACGACCUCCUCUCCAACUACAACAAACUGGUCCGCCCCGUCGUCAACACCACCGACGUCCUCCGCGUCUGCAUUAAGCUCAAACUCAGCCAACUCAUCGAUGUCAACUUGAAGAACCAGAUAAUGACGACGAACUUAUGGGUGGAGCAGUCGUGGUACGACUACAAGCUGCGCUGGGAGCCCAAGGAGUACGGCGGGGUGCACAUGCUCCAUGUCCCGUCCGACCACAUCUGGAGGCCCGACAUCGUCUUGUACAACAAUGCCGACGGCAACUUCGAAGUAACGUUGGCGACCAAGGCGACAAUCUACCACCAGGGGCUAGUCGAAUGGAAACCGCCCGCCAUUUACAAGUCUUCGUGCGAAAUUGAUGUGGAAUAUUUUCCGUUCGACGAGCAAACGUGCGUUCUUAAGUUCGGUAGCUGGACGUACGACGGAUUCAAGGUGGACCUGAGACACAUGGACGAGCAGGCUGGCAGCAACGUGGUGUCGGUGGGCGUGGACCUCUCCGAGUUCUACAUGUCCGUCGAGUGGGACAUCUUGGAGGUGCCGGCUGUCAGGAAUGAAAAGUUUUACACGUGUUGUGACGAGCCGUACCUGGACAUUACGUUUAACAUCACGAUGAGGAGAAAAACAUUGUUCUACACAGUGAACAUUAUAAUCCCUUGUAUGGGGAUCUCGUUUCUCACAGUACUCACUUUUUAUCUGCCGUCGGACAGCGGAGAAAAGGUGACGUUAUCGAUAUCUAUAUUGAUUAGUCUCCACGUGUUCUUCCUGCUAGUUGUGGAAAUCAUCCCUCCAACCUCCCUGGUCGUGCCUCUCCUGGGGAAGUAUCUCAUUUUUGCAAUGAUACUGGUUUCUAUAAGUAUAUGUGUCACGGUAGUGGUUUUAAACGUGCACUUCCGGUCGCCGCAGACGCACCGGAUGGCGCCGUGGGUGAAGAGGGUUUUUAUACACAUUUUACCAAGACUGCUAUUCAUGAAACGACCACAGUACAAGUUCGAUACAACGAGAUCGCGAUACACAGCAUGCGGCGUGGUGGUCCGGUGCGGGGGCGCCGCACGACCGCUGUAUCCGUACCGGCUGGCGGCGGCGGACGACGACUGCUGCGCGCCCGGCGCCUGGCCCCCACCCGCUGCGCCGCCGCCCCGCCCACUCACGCGCACACCCAGCAAGGAGGACUUGACGCACACCACUUACCUCAAUUCGGGUAUGGGUGAAAGCAAUCGUUUCGGCGGCAGUUGCGUCGUACACGGGUCUGCGGAAGGGGCCCCCGGCGAGCUGGGAGGCCUACCGGGGCCGGCCAGCGAGGAGGAAACCCUGAGCCCUGUCCCCGACCCCCCGCCAGGGUUCAGUCACUCCGCGUGCCCACCAGAGGUGCACAAGACCUGUUUCUGCGUGCGCUUCAUAGCGGAGCACACAAGGAUGCUUGAAGACUCCACUAAAGUAAAAGAAGAUUGGAAAUACGUGGCGAUGGUGCUGGACCGGCUAUUUUUGUGGAUCUUCACGCUCGCGGUGCUGGUCGGCACGGCCGGCAUCAUCCUGCAGGCGCCUACUCUGUAUGACGACCGCGUCCCGAUCGACAAGCACUUCAACCAGUACGCCACGUCUUCGCUGGUGCGCUGUCCGCCGCCCGCGUAAAACACAAUCAAAACAAAGUUACGACUAUUGCAGGGACUUUCGUGAGCCAAAGUAAUUCAUAUUUAUAUAUUUCGUAAAGACAGCCCCUUUUCUGAUUUCAAAGAAUUUGAACAAAAAUAAUAUUUCUAGACUUUUCUCUUGCUUCUUAAAUUACGACUUUCAUUUAAAUAAAGAUAUAUGAAAAAUUCUGGACUCACGUGGGAAUCGAACCUACGCCCUUGCCUAACCGGGACAGUUAGGUGCCAUUCCCGCUCGAGUCCUGAUUUUUUCAUCUAGUUAUUUAAUUUAGUAUAAAAAGUAGGUGUGACAUACAUACACUAAUAUAUAACUAUACUGUUGUUUACGUUGCUUCCAUGGUAGCACGAUAGAUCCGUCCAAUAGUCACAACAAAAGUUUUCGAUAAUAUGUAGAUGUGAUAUGCUUGCUCUUUUUUAGCCACUAAUUCAUAAUGACUCUGAAAUAGAAGGCGAAUUGGAUAUUUUUUCUAUAAUCUACCAAUCCAUUAUCUAGGAAUAGAUAAGGGAAAAAACAAGUGUGGCUACAUUGAAGGCAUUAAGCGACAAUGAUAAUGGCUCUGCCAUACCACAGUGUAGUGAAGACUUCUACCUACAGUAUACCAAACCAUACUGUUACGUUAGUAUUUUAUUAUACUGUGGUAAUUACUUUCGUGUAGAAAAUUACUGCACAUGAAAUAACACACAUGUGCCUCAUAAAGAGCGACGAUUCCAGGUGAAAUAAUAACUAAUACCUAGGUACUUGUUGACUAUAAGUGCAUAUCCAAGUUUACUUUUGAAUUAGUCGUAAUAUUAUUACCUACAAUCAUAGUAAGUAGUGUGGAAAACAACAUUAUUUGCCAAUAGAUUCCGGAGCUAACACAAUCACAUCUACGUUUAGCGUAUUGUGUUGAACAUUAUGUUAAUAUUCAAUAAGUGUGAAGCAACAGUGAGCUGUGAUCUGUGUUUGUUGUAGUUUAUUUCGUAAUUACCUUAUUGACGUCAUAAAUUAUACUCCAAUAAUUUUUGUAUUUGUUUCGCCGAUUUAUUCACUUUUUUGAGUAAGUAUUGACUUCUAAUUAUAGUAUAUUAUUUAUGAAAACAUGCAGUUUAUACAGGUGAGUUGAUAUUUUUCAUAUGAAAUAAAGAACAACAGCACAGCCGCUGUACGAUCGCAAGCCCAACGCACACCCGUCCCGCCCGGCACGUGUUCUAUUCCACGACACUAAGUACAAUCAACUGAAUAUCAAACUACCUAACUUCAACGCAAGUUCGCCCCUAUCGCCAUGAUGUAGAGGUAUAUGUAGGGUAACUUGAUAAGCAGCUGACUAUACUGUAAUUUAAGAUAGCCAUGUAAGACACUUCUCUACUUCUCAUAAUCUCUUACACUUAAAUACUGUUCUUACACAUUAUAAUGUAGGUAAGCUAUUCUUAUGUUAAUUUAUUUUUGUAUACGUUCCUAUCUCAACAUCUGAUGAAGACAAUAAAGAAGAAAAUGAUUUGUCAGAAUACUGGAGUCAACUCGAUUUUAUAUUAACUAAUUGAUUUUACUACACAAAAUACAUACCUACGCAAUAUAUAAUUAAAAUAUAAUAAUAAAAUGUCUUGCAUUUUUAGAAAUCUUUUCAGAAUCAUAGUAAUAUUAAAGUAAAAAAAAAAAAUGAACGAAACCACCAAAAUUGAAUUGUCUGUGUUCAAAAAAUGUAUAGCUAAUAGCAGUAGGUAGUUCACGUAGUCUUCGAUUAAGCUGCAUCAUAAGUACCUACUCUACUAAUUCGCACCUCGCUUAUCUCAUAAAUAAGAUACUUACUACAUUAAUUUCAUCUGUAGCAUACCUAAUUAAUGUUAGCGCUUAAGUAGGAAUCGAAAUCAAACUUAAUGUAUUAAAAAUAAACAUAGUUAUUAUAGAAACUAUAAAAUAUCAGUUAGAUGGUUUCCAUCUCUACUAAGCUAUGUUAAUAGAAGUCAUGUCGUAGAAUAGAACAUGUACAUUACAAAUAUCGAUUUUAUUAUUUAUAAGGAAAUUAUAGAAGUCGAAACCAAUGAAAUUUAGCCAAUGUGUGAAACGAUAUACGAAAAUUGUUGGCUUCGAUAAAAUUAUGUUGAUACGAAUUUUUACAUAUAAAACGUAACAAACCCAAUGUAAUAAAAAAUUAUCCUUAUGAUAAUGAGUACAACAUAACCAUUUAAUUUAAGUGAUGAUUGCUCAAUUUUACGAAUGGGUAUCUAUUUUUCGCUACUGAAUUUUCCAUUUGUAUUAUAUAUUAUUAUACUCAACUCAAUAAAGAUAUUUUAACAGCUUAUGUUAUCUAUUGUUAAGUAUUUGAUUUAUACCAUCUUCUCAUCGGCCAUCAAUCAAAGGCAGGCAUCAUUGAUUUGAUAUUCUAAUAAUUAUAAAUUCUAUCGAAUAAUUAUGAAAUUUAUUCAUCUCAUUUACAUUUGUUAUUAAUAAUAUUCCUUUCGUUUCAAUAUUAUUUUAUUAGUAUUUAUAUUAUACCUAAAAGCAAGAUAAGUCUACUAUAGUGAUAUGUCUACUACGGACAGGAAUUGAAAGGAAAUUAAAGGUGAAAUUGUGAAAAUCGAUAUAAUAAAAAUAAACAUUAUAAAGUGUUUGUACAAAAAUAAAAAAUAAAAACGAAUGUUAAUAGAAUACAUACGAUAAAUAUAUAUAUAUAUAUAUAUAUAUAUAUAUUGAUUAAACUGGAUUAUAGAAUAUCAAAAUUAACAUGAAAUACAUUAUAAGACAUAUGAAUUAGAUAAGAUUGAGUGUCGGGAUGAGCGAUAGUUAGGAAAUGUUUUUGGUGCAUAGUUUAGUAGUAAUUUGAAAUACAAAAUAAGAAUACAUAAUGAAUAAAUUUAUUAAGCACAUUGACUGCUCGCGGUAGAGUAGCGCAGCUCAAUUGUAGAAAGAUAAGUUUGUAAUUACGUAUUUAUAUUGUUAAUAAAACCGUUAUACAUAGAAA